AUGGAUCAUCUAUUCCUGCUUCGCGCCAACAAGAGGAAAGGUGUCCUCCUCGCCAUGGGCAUUCUGGUCAUCUUUGGGCUGGCGGUACACUCUUGUUUGUUCUACUACCCAUCCACCAGCGACUUGGCUUUCCGCUCGUCUCUCUCGACUCCACUACCAACAAAGCUCUCGGAAAACACACCGCAACUGAUGCACCACCUGUGGAAGCCCUUCAUUCACGAUCUUAACGCCACGCAAUUCAUCUCUAAAGAGGGAUACAAGUACAAGAUCAACAGCAACAACCAUCAAUGGCCACCAUUGGGGAAGAAGCUGCUCAUCUUGGAUGUGGAUACUCGAUUGGAAACCGGCGCUGGGGCAAUGAUGGACAAGUCAACCAUGAAUGCCGAAGAAAUGACAGGCAGAACAGGUGGAAUGAUGAAUCAUUAUUUAUACGCCAUGAUCCACGGCUAUGACUACCAGUUCAUCCGAGCGCCCAACUAUCGCAACCGCCAUGGGACAUGGGUCAAGGUCCCAAUGAUUAAGGAAGCCCUCAAGACUCACGACACUGUCGUAUUCCUCGAUGCCGAUGCAGUUUUCAUGUAUCCAGAGAUGCCCUUCGAGUGGCUAAUGAGUCUAUGGAACAUAACAGACAAGACCCUUAUUGCUCUGUCUAACGACCCCGACUCGCCGAGGAACCACGACACAAAGGGAAAAGUCAUGAUGAACACAGGUUUUAUGGUCGCCCGACAAAGCAACCGGACUCAAGAACUCUUCCAUGACUGGAACCAAUGCCCAACCGAGACAAAAUACAAGGGCUGCGAUAGAUGGAAAACAGACUGGGCACACGAGCAGGCAGCGUUUGCCAAUUAUGUCCGCUACGAUUACAACUUGACAGAUGACGUACGCACGAUCCCAUGCAUGGACGGAAAUGGAAGUCCCUAUAUUGGAGACAAGACAUGUGGCGGUGUGUUUAUUCGUCAUCACUGGUUCCACAAGGAUUAUCCCGCAAACGACCUUCGCCAGCUUCUACUUGACACGCUUGUCAAGCGAAUACAUGCUGGGUUCCAUCAUGCUCAGGAACAAAAUUUCAUAGACGCGAGCCAUUAUACACAUCCGCUCAAUAACAUGAAAAAUAUGUAA